UCCCCGGGCGCUCUCAAAUAGGGCGCAGUCCUGAAAACGCCGGAUCGCCGUGAGCGCGCUGAGGUUAGAAGGCAGGCGGCGACAUGAGCUCGGUACCAGCGUUCCUGAGCGCGGCCGAUGUGCAGGACCACCUCCGCAGCUCCAGCCUACUCAUCCCGCCUCUGGAGGCGGCUCUGGCCAACUUCUCCAGCGGCCCCGACGGAGGGGUCACGCAGCCCAUCCGCACCGUGGUGCCCGUGGCCAAGCACAGGGGUUUCCUGGGGGUCAUGCCCGUCUACAGUGCAGCAGAGGACGCCCUGACCACCAAGUUGGUCACCUUCUAUGAGGGCCACAGUGCCACCUCCACUGUCCCCUCCAUUCAGGCCACUGUGCUGCUCUUCCAGCCAAGCAAUGGCUCCCUUCUGGCGGUCAUGGAUGGAAAUGUCAUAACAGCAAAGAGAACAGCUGCAGUGUCUGCCAUCGCCACCAAGUUUUUGAAACCCCCCAACAGUGAAGUGUUGUGUAUCCUUGGAGCUGGGGUCCAGGCUUAUAGCCAUCAUGAGAUCUUCACAGAGCAGUUCUCCUUUAAGGAGGUGAGGAUAUGGAACCGCACCAAAGAAAAGGCGGAGAAGUUUGCGAACACAGUGCAAGGAGAGGUACGGGUCUGUUCAUCGGUUCAGGAGGCUGUGACAGGGGCAGAUGUGAUCAUCACAGUCACCAUGGCAACAGAGCCCAUUUUGUUUGGUGAAUGGGUGAAGCCUGGGGCUCACAUCAACGCCAUCGGCGCCAGCAGACCUGACUGGAGAGAGCUGGAUGACGAGCUUAUGGAACAGGCUGUGCUGUACGUGGAUUCCCGGGAGGCUGCCCUGAAAGAGUCUGGAGAUGUCCUUUUGUCAGGGGCCAAGAUCUUUGCUGAGCUGGGAGAAGUGGUGAGGGGAGUGAAACCAGCCCACUGUGAGAAGACUACGGUGUUCAAGUCUUUGGGAAUGGCGUUGGAAGACAUGGUUGCAGCCAAACUAGUGUACGAUUCCUGGUCAUCUGGUAAAUAAAACAAAGGAACUUGUGUUGAGUGGAUGCUACAACUCAAGGGAUGUUAACACUAAUUGUCUCAUAAUCUCUAGAUUCAAUGAGGAAGCCCAGUACCCAGUGAUCUACCAGUUUUGUGCUUAUCGUGUCUUACCUUAAAUAAGGAGAUCCCCUUUUGUGUUUGUAGUUAGAAAGCAAAACUAAGUGGCCAUUCUCUGUUAUGCCAGAUUAUACUAGCACUCCCUUUACCCUGUAUUUCACUACCUUUUGUAAUUCCUUGAAAUAAAGCUUUUUCCAAUUCUGCA